AAAAGUCUCACGGAAAUUAGAAGCCGAAGUCGGUAGGCAACCCUAGACGUCGUCGUAUUGUCUGUCUUCUUCAUCCAAACAACCGCAAAACAAAAUAAAAACCUCAUUGCUUCCAAAUAUGAAGAAAAUAUCAGAUCCAUGAAUGCGUAUUAUAUGCACGUACGUACCAAUUACUGCAUAUACGCAUUCAUUAUUGUGUCUGCAAUCGUUCUUUCAUCUGAUCCUUUGAUCCCUAAAAAAAAUUCCCCAAAUUUGCGAUAAUCAAAAUCAUACAUUGUUGCAAUACCUUGCUUAAACCCUAAAAUUUUCAAUUGGUAUUCUCAAAAACUGGAAAUUUCUGGAAUAAAUGAAAAUUUGAUCGAUAUGUGUCGUUUCUAGAUGAAGUCGAAGAACCCUAGUUCAUAAUGUCGUGGGGAUUAGGAUGGAAGAGGCCAUCUGAUGUGUUUCAUUUGUCUUUGUAUUAUGGUUCGGAGGAUGCAUUAGAUGAUCAGACUCGUUCGUCUUCGCCGCCACCACAAACAUCAUCGGGAUCAUCGUCGACAUCGCAAGAUAAUAAUAAUAAUUCCAAUAAUCCGGAAGUAGGGUUUCGGAUCGAUCUCGAUUGGAACGCCGGCGAUGACGAAGAUCAGGUUACUUUGAGACUUCAGUCUCAGGUUAUGGUGGCGUUGCCGUUGCCGCAAGACACGGUUGUGAUCCGGUUGUUGGAGUGUGAUGAUCCAGGUCAGGUUAAACCCGGUGAAGAGGUUGGUGAGUCCGGCGGAGCGAAUGAGGUUAGAAAUGUGGUGAGUGUGGAUAUGAAGGUUGUGAAACAGAGGGAACCACUUCGGGCGGUGGCUAUGUCACGGGUCGGCGGUUCAGGUCAGCAAAACGAUGGGAUGGGCGUGCUUAGUAAACUGUUGAAAUCGGAUUUUGCUGCAGAGUCGGGUCCUGGUCAUGCUGAAGGGCCGAGGGUGGAGUGUUGUACUGAUCAUUGGAGAAAUGUCAUUGUUGUCAGCCUCUACAACUGUGGGUUGUUAACUCUUCCAGUAGAGGUGACUAAACUUCCCCUUCUCGAGAAGCUAUUCCUUGAUAACAAUAAGCUCACAGGUUUGCCACCUGAGCUUGGUGCUUUGAAAAACCUGAAAGUGCUUACAGUUGACUACAAUAUGUUGGUUUCAGUACCAGCUGAAUUGAGGCAGUGUGUUGGACUUGUGGAAUUAUCACUUGAACAUAAUAAGCUAAUCCGCCCUCUUCUUGAUUUCAGGGCCAUGGCUGAACUACGUAUUCUUAGGCUAUUUGGUAAUCCACUUGAAUUUCUUCCCGACAUUUUGCCUUUGCAUCAACUGCGCCACCUGUCUCUUGCAAACAUUCGUAUAGUGGCAGAUGACUCUCUUAGAUCACUGAAUGUCCAGAUAGAGACGGAAAAUAGUUCUUACUUUGUUGCAUCAAGACACAAAUUGAGUGCAUUUUUCUCUCUUAUCUUCCGUUUCUCCUCAUGUCACCAUCCUUUGCUAGCUUCUGCUUUGGCCAAGAUGAUGCAUGAUGAAGGAAACCGUGUAGUUAUUGGUAAAGAUGAAAAUGCAGUGAGACAGCUUAUAAGCAUGAUUAGUAGUGAAGACCAUCAUGUGGUUGUGGAGGCUUGCUCUGCACUCACUUCUCUUGCAUCAGAUGUAUCUGUGGCACUUCAAUUGAUGAAAUGUGACAUCAUGCAGCCAAUCAAAAGAGUACUUACAUCCGUUGGACCUCAAGAACUAAAAUCCAUUUUGCAAGUUGUGGCAAAAUUGGGUUUUGUUUCUGAUACAGUGGCCCAGAAAAUGCUUAGCAAAGAUGUCAUGAAAUCAUUAAAAUUAUUAUGUGCCCAUAAAGAUCCAGAGGUACAAAGGUUAGCAUUGAUAGCUGUUGGAAACUUGGCCUUCUGUUUGGAAAACCGACGUAUUCUUGUUGCUUCUGAAAGUCUAAGAGAUCUUCUUUUACGCCUCACACUUUCAUCUGAGAGACGUGUGAGCAAAGCUGCAGCUCGUGUCCUGGCUAUUCUUGGGGAGAAUGAGAAUCUGAGACGUGCUAUUAAAGGAAAGCAAGUCCCAAAGCAAGGAUUGCGUAUACUUGCAAUGGAUGGAGGUGGGAUGAAAGGUCUUGCUACUGUUCAAAUUCUUAAAGAAAUUGAAAAAGGCACUGGAAAACAAAUUCAUGAAAUGUUUGACCUUAUCUGUGGGACAUCAACUGGUGGCAUGCUUGCGGUUGCUAUUGGGAUAAAGCUUAUGUCUCUGGAGCAAUGUGAAGAUAUAUACAAAAAUCUUGGGAAGCUUGUUUUUGCUGAACCUGUUCCUAAAGAUAAUGAAGCUGCCACUUGGAGAGAGAAGUUGGAUCAGCUUUAUAAGAGCUCUUCACAAAGUUUUAGAGUUGUUGUACAUGGAUCUAAACACAGUGCCGAUCAAUUUGAGAGGCUAUUAAAAGAGAUAUGUGCAGAUGAAGAUGGAGAUCUUUUAAUAGAUUCAUCAGUAAAAAGGAUUCCAAAAGUUUUUGUUGUAUCAACUUUAGUCAACGUGGCACCAGCUCAGCCGUUUAUAUUCCGUAAUUAUCAGUACCCUGCUGGCACACAAGAAGUUCCUUUGACAAUGUCAGACAAUUUUUCAACCACUGCAACUACUGGUGCUCAAGUUGGGUAUAAAAGGAGUGCUUACAUGGGAAGCUGUAGACAUGAUUUAUGGCAAGCUAUAAGAGCAUCAUCUGCUGCUCCUUAUUAUCUUGAUGAUUACUCUGAUGGUGUAUUUAGGUGGCAAGAUGGUGCUAUUGUGGCAAAUAACCCUACAAUAUUUGCAAUACGUGAAGCACAACUUCUAUGGCCAGAUGCAAAAAUCGACACUCUUGUAUCAAUCGGUUGUUGUUCUGUUCCAACAAAGGCUCGUAAAGGUGGAUGGAGGUAUUUGGACACUGGGCAAGUGUUGAUUGAGAGUGCAUGCUCAGUCGAGCGAGUUGAGGAAGCUUUGAGCACAUUGUUGCCAAUGAUUCCUGAAAUAAACUAUUUUCGCUUCAAUCCAGUUGAUGAACGUUGUGAUAUGGAGUUGGAUGAAACGGACCCCACAAUCUGGCUUAAGUUGGAGGCAGCUACAGAGGAGUAUAUCCAGAACAAUUCUACAGCUUUUAAAAAAGUGUGUGAGAGAUUGUUGCUGAACCAUAGCGAUGAAAAGUUGCUGGAUAAUCUCACCUCUCAGCCUUCUUUGAAGUCAAGGGGUCCAAAUACAGGUGAGAGUGGUCCAUCUUUAGGGUGGAGACGUAACGUACUACUAGUAGAAGCUUCUCAUAAUCCAGAUUCCGGAAGAGUCUUCAACCAUGCUCGAUCACUUCAGACAUUUUGUUCAGGUCAUGGUAUAAGAUUAACUCUUCUGAAUGCUGCUGCUGCAUCUGCAUCUGGACCACUUAAGCCAGAUCCAGGAACAUCUUUCCCUACACCAUUCACAUCACCAUUAUUUACCGGAAGCUUCCCAUCAAGCCCACUUCUUUACAGUCCUGAUCUCGGUGGAAUUCACAGAGUUGGCAGAAUCGAAUCCGUACCACAUUUAAGCCUCGAUGGAUUCCAUUCCGGAAGGACUUCUUCCCCUCCGGAAUCACCCACUGUCCCCAGACAGCUUUCCCUGCCUGUUAGAAUAUUGCAUGAGAAAUUACAGAAUUCUCCUCAGGUUGGUGUUGUUCACCUGGCUCUCCAAAAUGAUACCACUGGCUCCAUAUUAAGUUGGCAAAACGAUGUGUUUGUGGUGGCUGAGCCAGGAGAACUUGCUGAAAAGUUUCUACAAAACGUUAAAUACAACUUGCUAUCAAUGUUAAAAGGAAGACGUAGAAAAUACACAUCAGUAAUCUCCAACAUCUCUACCAUUUCUGAUCUUGUUGCAUGUCGCCCUUACUUCCAGAUUGGUGGCGUUGUCCAUCGUUACAUAGGACGCCAAACCCAAGUUAUGGAAGAUGAUCAAGAAAUUGGGGCUUACAUGUUCCGAAGAACAGUCCCUUCUAUGCACUUAACCCCUGAAGAUGUUCGUUGGAUGGUUGGUGCAUGGAGGGACAGGAUAAUAAUAUGCACGUGUUUAUACGGACCAUCACCCGCCCUAAUAAAAUCCUUCCUAGACUCCGGUGCAAAAGCCGUGAUAUGCCCUUCAUCCGAACCCCAAGAAAUGCAACUAACAACAUUUCACGGCUCCGCCACCGAAUUCAACGAUUUAGAAAACGGUAAAUUUGAAAUCGGGGUAGACGAAGGAGACGACGAAGGCACGGAACCCGUAAGCCCAUCGAGUGAUUGGGAAGACAGUGAGACGGAUAAAGGUGGUACAGGUACAGAUACAGAUAAAGGUAUGUUAGUUUGGGAUGAUGAUGAAGAGGAGUUAUCAAAAUUCGUGUGUCGGUUAUAUGAUUCGAUAUUUAAUGGGGGAGCUCGAGUUAAUGUUGCGUUGCAACAAGCUCUUGCGUCUCAUCGAACCAUAAGGUAUUCGUGUCAUGUCCCUCGUGUACCUUAAUAUUGUUUGUUAUACAAAUUAUAUAUAAAAAGGAAAUGAAAUAAUAGAGGAGGUAUACGUAAUACUAUAGAUAAAGAAGGGUGAUGUUUAUUAUGUAACAUUUUCAUCAUCAUCGCCCUUAUAAUGAAGGGAUAGUUUUAUUUUAUAAAUGUUGACUUUUGGAAGAA